GCUCAGGGACCGUGCGUUCCCGACAUGCCCCGCGACGGCCGCCAACCUCCGGAUUUGAAUCGAGUCGGCGCUCGGCGGUUGCGGUGUCGGGAUGGGCGCUUCGUCGUUGCCCCCGGCCUGGCAGCUCUACCUCAAGGACCACCGCAUCUCUACGUUCAAGAACUGGCCGUUCUUGGAGGGCUGCGCCUGCACCCCGGAGCGGAUGGCCGAGGCCGGCUUCAUCCACUGUCCCACUGAGAACGAGCCCGAUUUGGCUCAGUGUUUCUUCUGCUUCAAGGAGCUGGAAGGCUGGGAGCCAGACGAUGACCCCAUAGAGGAACAUAAGAAGCAUUCAUCUGGUUGUGCCUUUCUUUCUGUCAAGAAGCAGUUUGAAGAAUUAACCCUCAGUGAAUUUUUGAAACUGGACAAAGAGAGAGCCAAGAACAAAAUUGCAUCCUAGGGUAUCCGGAGAGGAGAGGCGUGAACCUGCGGACCCACUAAGGCAUGGGAACCCAGCAGCCCAGACCGUAGAGAAAAUCGGGGCUCCCCGUUAAAUCUGAAUCUCAGGUACACAGGGAAUAGUUUCUUAAUAGAGCUAAUUUUUUCUCUAUUACUUGGGGGUUUUUUUGGGUUUUUUUUGUUUGUUUGUUUGUUUGUUUGUUUUCCAGAGUUUUAUUUGCUAAGUAUGGCCGUGUUACAGAGCACAGACGUUCGGGGUUGAUACCGUAACGAAGCGCUGGGCUGGCGGUCAGUGUCCUGGUUCUGUCCCUGCCACUCGUGGGCUUUGCGGGUUGAGACCAGCCUUGGCCACACUUUCCCUGCUGCAAAAUGGAAGGCUGAUCUGCCCCGCCCUCCCGGUUUCUGAGGUCCUUUUUUGAUUGAAAAUGACGUUCCCUUUUAGAGAUGGUUACGAAAUAGUUCCAGUAGGGUAGGUUUUAAAUGCUGAGGACCAGUUAUGUUUUGUUAGGAAGGGGGAAGAAAUUGGUGGUCAGUAGAGCAAGGUGUGGAAGAGGUGUUGACUCGUGGGGGCCUUGGGAGCCGCAGUGUUGGAAUCGGGAAGUGGGCCGGGGAGAGCCUUCUAGGCUGGGGGCCCGCACACCUGUGAAGUGCCGAGGUAUUUUAGCCUUCGUGGGCCUUCGAGGGCCGCCUGGUUUCUGUUAGGUAGUAUUCCUGUUCUGCUUCUCGCAACCGUUUAAAAACAUGAAAACCAUCCUUCGCCUAAUGACUGUAUGAGAAACAAGCCAUGUGUCCCGCAGACCACAGCUGGCCGACCCCAUUCUCGGUGACAGAGCAGCCUGUGUACUUAGGGGACAGUCGUGAGAAAGCCAUCCUCCGGCAAGCAGGAGGGAGACUGAUGUGUGGCCCGGGGCGGCUGAAACCGAACUGUGGGGCACUGAAACAGAUAAAACGAUGUCAAGUGGGGGGCUCUUGGGUGAGGGCAGUCAGUCCGUGGGGAGAGGGGGCUCAUUGGAGCGGGAAGCCCACCGAGAGACGCUCGGUCACCAGCGUCUGCGUGCCCAGCGGUGGGGCGGAACCGGACCAGGUGAACAUCCAGGGGACCGAAGUGCGGGGGUGGGAAGAAAAUGCUUUGCUUUCCCCCAACGGCUGCUUUUGUUCUCGUCAAGUCAGGAUAAGGAAAUACUUUAACAUGAUGCAUUUAUUUUUAUUACUUUAAUUGUAAAAUAAAUAAUAUAAAUUCCUGUAAGGAAGAAUCAAAAGCCCUACCUACCUCUAUACUCAGGGUGCCCACCAUUAACGGAUGUGUUUCCUUCCAGAUCAUUUUUAAAUGUAUGUAUUUUAAAGAAGAAUGCAAAGUGUAA